AUGGACAAGAUUCAAGGUUCUUUCACCUUUUUAUUUUUGUUGUUAAUGGAAUGCUCACUUUGUUUAUAUGUGCGUCACGCAGGCAAUAAACAGCCACGAAUACCCAGAAAAGACAUCAACGAGCUCUUUAGUGAAACUCAAUUAUUUGAACAUCCUUCAAGACUCACAGCAAUGAUUCCACAUAGACCUGCUCUUAUUCAAGUAAUUGUAAUUGCAAGUAUAGCCUUCAGCAUUGCCCUGAUAUGUGGGACUGUGAUCUCCUAUAUGAUAUAUCGACUGGUCCAGGAUGAGGAAAGACGACAACUUGAGUUGCUUUAUAGAAAUAUCAGGAUACCGUCCUUAGAAGAUGAGGAGGAUAGUCCUGAGGAAGAGUGCCAGGAUGAGUCCACUUACCUGCUCCCAGAGAACGAGAAGGAACUGGAGAAGUUCAUUCUCUCAGUUAUCAGAUCAAAAAGAAGGAAAAAUACUGAAAAGAAGAAUUUGAGGGAAAAGCAUAUUUCAAUAAAGGAGACAGAGAACACUGCAUCCCAUGUAAAAGUGGAAGAUUUGUGA